UCGAAAUCGUUUGGUUGCAAAAAAAAAUUCAAUCGUCGUCUUCGAAUUUUUGGAUUCAUUGGCGUGUGGCUAAAAAAAGAAUACAAAUCCACUAGAAUCACGCACGAUAAGCUCCCGCGAACUGAAACAACGCUUUGGAGUUGCAAACAGAAAACAUAAAUUAUCACGUAAUUACCAACGCGUUCAGAGUCGUAUUAAAGGCCGGUGCGCGUUCGGUAUUUUAUUUGAUAAACUUUAGCCGUGAUAUUUCGUUAAUGUUCGCCUCUUAGUGGUCGCUGUGUCGUUAUCGGGAAACUCGUUGAAAAUGUACGGGAUAACACGGCUACGUGGUGCUGCCAUUAGAAGUUAGAGUCGUAUGCAAAACGUGCGAAGUUCCUUUGGGUAAAAUGAAGUAGCGUGGUCGAAGUGAAACUCUUUGAAGUAAGCUCGUCGAGUAGUUAACUUUUUUUUUUUUUUUCGAAAAAUGUACCAGUUUCGGUACAGGCUUUAUAUCUGUACUAAUAUGGUGUCCGUAGUGUCAUUAACGAGAUUGAUUCUUAUUUUUACUUUGACACUUUUUCUCAAAAUAAAUGUCGUGCAUUCUAUAACAUCUACGGUUCAAUCGGAACUGUCCCAGGAAACGGCCGGAUUGCGCCACUGCAACUUCAGCGGCAACAAACAGAAACUCUACGGAACAUCCGAGCUGCUACAGUGCAUGAACGAAUUGGCAACCAACGCAAUUAAUCAUGUUAAUGGCAAAUCGUUCGAAGAUAAGGAACGAGCAUUUCGCAGAAAAGGCAGACCCUAUUAUCCUUCUGGUUAUACAGGUCGUCCAGGAAGCGAACCGUACUCGCCGUACUAUGAUUCCAGACCUGGCAGACCGAUAUAUUCCGGCACCGGUCAGUCGGAUCUUCAACCGGAUUAUUAUCCUUCGGGAAUAGGGUAUCAGGGCAUUCCUGCUGGUGGUUUAGGCGCGCUGGGUGGAACCGGAAUAAAUCUUCUAGAAGCGCUCUCCUCUAUUGCGCAAUACGAUGAUUAUAAAUGCGUUCCCAGAAUCCUGUGCGAAAUGGCAGCCGGCGGAUCACCCGGUAAUGGAAUUUACAAACAAGCCGGCAGUUCGACUUUUGAGGAUUUAGGAAAAAAUGCUCUUUUUGGAUUACUGUCGACCAUCGACGUCGGAGAAACGUCACCGAUAUUGUCCUUUGGCAAAGCUGCAGUUUUGGGAUAUUCGAGUAAAGGUAAUCCCGAAGCGUGCUACCAGGAGUACAGGAAGUGUCCAAGAAACUCUGACGAUCUCGUAUACUAUUUGAAUAAUCACAACGGCGGCUUCUUUCGCUUCUUCUCGAAUAUCGGUAACACUCCCUAUUCCUCGUUACAAGGAUCCUAUUCUCGUCCAGUCGACCAAUUCGUAUCAGCAAGAAGGGAGCCAGCGCCGCCUCCAGGACUCUCAGGACCCGAAUCCGAUCGCACUGGCACGGGAGAGCUCAAGUUUGACAAUCCCGUCCCGCCGUCCCGACGGGAUUACGGGAAAAGCUUCUUCCCCGGAGGACGCGCUCAAAACAGCUCGAGAACUUUUGCAUUCCCAGGCGAGGAAAAGCUGGACAGCCAGCAGCCACUGAACAGAGUCUCAAAGUCCUUGGUAGGAUAUCAGGAUGCCGGGAGCAGUUAUCAGACUGGAUCAGGACAUGUCAAUCCUCCCUUUUUCCCUCAGGACGGCAAAGAUCAGGAGACCAAUUUGCUCUACACGUCGAGUCAUCCAAAUUCACCGAAUUCGGUUCAGCAUCCACGUGGUCAAAAUUCAAGAAUAAGUUUCCCAAAGGCGCGACUUUACGUACCCGAUGACCCGAUCAACGAGACCAUGUCCACGUUCACAUUUCCUGAUGGCACAAAGGUCAAAAUUAACGUGGGCUUCUCCAAGCUCUUCUCCGAGGGCUACAAGAAGUCUCUACGACGAAGCUUUGGCAACGACCGUGGACCCCAGCCAAUAAAUUUUGAUGGUUUCAAUAUGGUAAACCUGGCUGACGUAUUCGCGGAUAAGGAAGCCCAAGUAACGCAACCCUGUGACAUGAUAUGCCAUGACGUAAGAGGGACCCCGGUCCAGUUCAAUCAGAUAAUGUUGAACACUGGUACCCUGAGCACACUGAUGUCCCCGGAAAUGCCGGUUUUGGAUCUCUCCAGAACGGUACCCUGCGAGGUGAUGUGUCUCGAUCGAGCUGGGGAAAGGAGACAAGCCUCGACCAUCCUCAGCCACGUGCUGAGAGCUAUUCAUAAUGGACCCAGAGUACCCAGAACCCAGAGUAACGACUUGAGUCAGCAGAAUCUUCAAGAUCUAUACAGAAAGUAUGCAGACUCUCUGAAUCAAAGAGGAAGAACUCUUUCGAAUUUUAAUAUGGAUCGGAGUAAUUUACCAUAUUCAGCAAAUUAUCCAUCAGUCCAAUCGACCGAUUUUCAAGGAUUCGACAAUCGCCAAUCGCAAAUUCUCUCUCAGAGCAGAAUAAGACGGGAGCAAGAACGGUUACGAGACUUGAGUCUAAAUUCACCACGCGAAAUGGAAAGUGGUGCGCAGCAUCUUCGCGAAGCAAGAUUAAUCUCAGGACGAAAACCGUUAAGAUCAAAGUACGACAGUCAGAAGAUAAAACUUUCAAGACGCGAGAGACAACACAUGAAUACACCAAUCAUGAUUGGCGGUGCGCAGAUGCCUAUGCCAAGUGGCAUGUCGUAUCCAAAUAUAGCAAGUGGCCCAGCAAUCGCAGCAAUGCCGCAGGUAUCAAUACCAAUGCCAGUAUCAGUACCACUGCCAAUACCAAUGGCAAUAGGACUUAUGCCAUCACUUCAUGUAAUGCCAAUGUUAGGCAUGCGUCCUGUACAACUUAACGCACUGUUUCCUUGUACGGGUCCAUCCUGCAAGAUGGAGGGAGGUUCUCCGAAAAUCUUGAUAAUGUGUGGUAGCGUUGUAUACGCCCUGCCGCUAUUACUGAUACAAAUUCCAGUAUGCGCAAUAAUUUUGCAAACCGUAAGCACCCCGCCAAGUAUUCCCAAAAGUCCAUUACAGACGAUAAAAGCUACUUGGAGAGAUCCUGGUGGCGAGGAUUACCCUCGAGAUUUUCCAAGCGAUAAUUCAGAUAUUCACGAAUGCGUUCCCAUCAAGUAUGAUAAAAGCACAGAUACUGAUUAUCCUCAUGUGCCUGGAUUAUCUUAUAGUACCAAGAAACCCCUGAAGUACCACAAAGGGAAGAAGAAGAAAUUGGUUAUCAUUACUGAUAGAGGUAACGUCACUUACAUCAAGCCCAGUUAGAGCGACUGUCGUUACAUAAGAAUACUUUGGUCGGGCGAUAUUUGUCGUAUAUACGAAUUUAAUGUAACUGACAAUGUACUUAAAU